UCUGAAGAUGGCAGGAAUACCUUCGCUCAUUCAUCCUUAUGCACUUCCGUGAAAGUCAUUCUACAGCAGCUAAUUAUCUUCGUCGACUUCGGUGACUUACGUCCUCGUUAUCUCUAGUUCGAUGACGGUCGACUAUAAAAUUGUCAUCGAAAAUACCGUGUCUACUUUUGGCGGAUAGUUGUUGGUUUUGAUCAUGCAACAAACAGUGAGAUCGAGUGAUACGUGCUCGUGAGAAAUUGAUCUGUUAAAAUGUUGUGAUCGUUUAAAAUUGUCUGGUGAAACAGACGAAGUCUAAUUUAACAAGAUUAGAAUAAUUAGAAGUGAAUUUUAUUAAGUGCCAAAAAUGAACGAAAUCAAAACCCGUGUUGUGGAUGGAAUAAACUAUUCGAAGCAAUUGAAGUUCGGAGUGGAACGCAUUCUUUCGGACGAAAUUUCUUCGAAGAAGACAGAUGUGCUCAGGCCACUUCCUGUUCAAUUUUCUACCGUACGGUGUCCCUGCCCCGGAGGUUGCGUCAGGUGUGAAGGCCUUCGAAUGUGCCCUAGACCUCUGUACGGUCAAACGACGAUUCUCGGCAAUUAUGGUAACAACAAUCACGGAAACGGAAUCAUCGAAAAUUAUGGAAACAUCUAUCGGCCAGCACCUCUACGACCUGUCCCUCGAGCUCCUAUAACUUCCACAACGACACCAACCAGCCAACCAGAACCCAAUACUAGAAGAAAAAGGUCGUGGUCGAGGGCAGUAUUCAGUUCCUUGCAGCGAAAAGGGUUGGAGAGAAGAUUCUCCUUGCAAAAAUACAUAACCAAGCCAGACAGGAGGCAGCUCGCUGCGACUCUGGGUCUGACAGACGCACAGGUGAAGGUUUGGUUCCAAAACCGACGAAUGAAGUGGCGGCACACGAAGGAGAGCGAGAACGCUUCCUCGACGAAUCCUGAGGCGAAGGAGUUGUCUAAAAAAGUAACGAAGGAUAAUUUAAGGAACACGACCACAGAGAAGGUUGUUUCGGACGAAGAGGACGUCGAGAUCGAAGUCGACGUGUGAACUCUGGAGUGUACAUUAACGAUAAUCGAUACGGGUCUAGUUUGUAAUUUACGAGGAUAAGUUUGUACGAUAAAUA